ACUCCGAGUGCCCUUGCCAGGAUCAGCGCUCGGUGGCUGCGCAGGGCGCCCGAGUCACGUGGAGAGGCGGGCAGCCAGCCCUGCCCAGCCUGGUGCCAGCCCUGCCCAGCCUGGUGCCAUCCUGCUGCUGCUGCCGGGGUCCUGGGAGCGUUUGCCCCGAUGGCGGUGGUCACUCAGCACCAGAUUCAAAAGUUCUAUGAGGAUGGCUUCCUUGUCCUGGAGCACUUUUUCACGGCAGAGGAGUGCGACAGCAUGAGGAGCCAGAUCCAGAGGAUCGUGGAGGAGAUGGAGGUGCCACCGCAUUGCCGCACUCAGUUCUCCACCAGGGAGGAUGAGCAGCUCCAGGCACAGGGGAGCUCGGAUUACUUCCUGACCAGUGGAGACAAGAUUAGAUUCUUCUUUGAGAAAGGAGUUCUGGAUGAGAAAGGGAACUUCCUGGUUCCGAAGGAGAGAUCCAUCAGCAAGAUCGGCCACGCUCUGCAUGCUCACGACCCUGUCUUCAAGCAAAUCACUCACAGCCCCAAGGUGCAGGAACUGGGGAGAAAACUGGGCCUCGAGAGACCAGUGGUGGUGCAGAGCAUGUACAUCUUCAAGCAACCUGGCAUUGGUGGUGAAGUGACCCCCCACCAGGAUGCCACCUUUCUGCACACGGAGCCCCUGGGCAGGGUCCUGGGCUUCUGGAUCGCGCUGGAGGACGCGCGGCUGGAGAACGGCUGCCUGUGGUUCAUCCCCGGCUCCCACACCGGAUGGUCCGAGCGCCCCCGGGCACCUUGCCUUGUGUGCACUUUGUGGGAUCAGAGCCAGCCUACGACGACAGCCGCUUCGUGCCCCUGCCCACGGGCAAAGAGCUCGCACAGCUGGCACAGAGCGGAACAGGGCUCCCUUCCCUCAGGGGGGCUCAUCCUCAUCCACGGUGAAGUUGUCCACAAGAGUGACCUGAACAGCUCCGAGUCCUCCCGCCAGGUCUUCACCUUCCACGUGAUGGAAGCCAAAGGCACCAGCUGGAGCAAGGAGAACUGGCUCCAGCCAACUCCCGAGCUGCCCUUUCCAUCUCUCUACACUUGAAGCUGGCGGCUGGCUCCUGGAGUCAGUAGCUGAUGGAUAUCCCCUUCUGAUCACACUGCUUUGUGUUCCCUUCCAACACAACCCUCAAGCCUCUCAGUCCUGAGCUCUGCUCAGGAGGCACAGCUGAAUGCACCUCCUGCCCUAGAAACUUCUCCUGCAGGGUGAGCACAGCCACCCAGCCCCUUUGGAGAAGACGCCGCAGGCCCGAGGACAGACCCCUAAAGACCUCUGCACCUUGCCUGGAACCAGUUAAGGAUUUCUCCUGCAGAUGCUGUUUUCUGCUCCAGGUCAGAGCCUGCCUGGGCCCCUUCCUGGCUGUGCUGGUCCCAGCAGUGCAGGUGAAGCUGUCACAUGAAGGUGGCUGCUUGGCUUUUGCCCUUAGCUCUGUCCUGUCCUUUGAGCAACUGAUUAAAACCAGCCCAGUGUGGGCAAAAUGAA